CUGUAACAAUCGAAGUUCAUCUUGGAUUUGUUUAACAACUUGGAAAAGUUCCAUCGAUUUCAAUUUUCAUAUACAGUUAAAGGCACUGAAGAAGACGACAUUCCAUGUCCAAACAAAUUCUUCAAAUCCAACUAUCAAUGAGGGAUCUUUCCCGCCAAAUCAAUUAAACCAGAGCGUCAUCAUGACGAAGAUCCUUACCCCCAAAUUCAAUUUCUCAUUCAUCUUCCUCUGCAUCUCAAUCUCCAUUUACCGCUUCAACAACCCAUCAGAAAACCAAACCCUAAUCCCGAAACCAUCACUACAACCACCACCACCACCGAUCAAUCGCAAGAACUACAUUGUCAGAUUCAUCCAAUACAAGAAAGCGGAAGACCACAAAGCGUAUCUCGAGCAUAACGCCAAUGAAGUACCGUACAACUCGUGUUCUUGGGAAUGGAUCGAUAGAAACAACCCUGCUUCUAAAUUCCCCACGGAUUUUGGAGUCGUCUCCAUCGACGAUGACGCUGUUGAUUCGGUUGUUAGGAAGUUUGAGACACUGGAGAUGGUGAAAGAUGUUAGGGUUGAUUCGAGCUACCAUUUAAGGAGCUUGCUUGGUGGAAUGAAGAAGAAAAGGUACGAUCGAGUUGGGGCGUUUGUAGAUGGGAAGAAGCGACCUGGGAAGAUCUUCACAUCGAUGUCAUUUACUGAUGGUGAAGAUUUCGUAGCUGCAGCCACGACUGCUAACCAGACGAUUGAGUGGAAACGACAGCUUUUAUCUCAGAAAUCUCAAGUUACAUCCCUGUUUGGAGCAGAUGCACUUUGGUCAAAAGGGUACACCGGAGCAAAAGUAAAGAUGGCUAUAUUUGAUACCGGAAUUCGUUCUGAUCACCCCCAUUUCCGCAAUAUAAAGGAACGCACAAACUGGACGAAUGAGAAUUCACUAAACGAUAAUCUUGGACAUGGAACAUUUGUUGCUGGAGUGAUUGCUGGUGAAAACACAGAAUGUCUAGGGUUUGCACCAGAUACAGAGAUUUACGCUUUCCGUGUGUUUACAGAUGCACAGGUUUCAUACACAUCAUGGUUUCUUGAUGCAUUCAACUAUGCAAUCGCAACCAACAUGGAUGUCUUGAACCUAAGCAUCGGUGGACCUGAUAACAUGGAUCUUCCAUUUGUCGAGAAAGUUUGGGAAUUAACAGCAAGCAACAUCAUAAUGGUGUCUGCAAUUGGCAACGAUGGACCAUAUUAUGGCACUUUAAACAACCCUGCUGAUCAAAGUGAUGUCAUCGGUGUUGGUGGAAUUGAUUACAGUUCCAACAUUGCUUCAUUUUCAUCACGUGGCAUGAGCACUUGGGAGAUCCCUCAUGGAUAUGGACGUGUAAAACCAGAUGUAGUUGCUUAUGGGAAGAAUAUCCGAGGAUCUGCUAUAGGAACAGGAUGUAGAACACUAUCAGGAACAAGUGUAGCAAGUCCUGUCGUUGCUGGUGUUGUGUGUCUUCUUGUUAGUGUCAUCCCUGAAAGUGAAAGAAAGAAGAUCUUGAAUCCUGCAAGCAUGAAGCAAACCCUAGUUGAAGGUGCUGUGAAGCUUUCUGGUCAUAAUAUGUAUGAGCAGGGUUCCGGAAGGGUUGAUUUGUUAGAAUCAUAUGAAAUCUUGAAAAACUACAAGCCUCGAGCGACAAUCUUCCCGAAUGUUCUCGAUUACACAGACUGCCCAUACACGUGGCCUUUCUGCCAGCAACCGCUAUACGCAGGCGGGAUGCCUGUGCUUUUCAACGCCACCAUCCUCAACGGAAUGGGAGUAAUCGGCUACUUCUCAUCUGCACCAUCAUGGAUUCCGGCGACUGAACAAGGUAAUCUCCUCAACAUCCGUUUCACUUACUCCGACAUCAUCUGGCCAUGGACUGGCUACCUCGCUUUACACCUCCAAAUCAAAGAAGAAGGAUCUGACUUUUCCGGCGACAUCUCCGGGAAGGUGGUCGUUCAUAUCUACUCCCCUCCGGCGACCGGAGAAACCACCUUCCAAAACAGCACGUGCGUGUUACAUCUAAAGCUUAAAGUGAUUCCGACUCCGGUGAGAUCAAAACGGGUUUUAUUCGAUCAAUUUCAUAACAUAAAAUACCCACCCGGGUAUGUCCCUAGGGAUUCAUUAUCCGUUCAUAACGACAUUCUCGAUUGGCAUGGAGACCAUUUGCAUACGAAUUUCCAUUCAAUGUUUAACGUUUUAAGAGAAGAAGGUUACUUUAUUGAAACGCUUGGAUCCCCGUUGACUUGCUUUGACGCGAACAAUUACGGGAGUUUGUUAAUGGUGGAUCUUGAAGACGAGUAUUUCGAAGAGGAGAUACGCAAGCUAAAAGACGAUGUCGUGGUUAGUGGGUUGGGUUUGGUGGUGUUUGGUGAUUGGUAUAACGUCGACACGAUCACAAAGAUGAGAUUUUUCGACGACAAUACACGGAGUUGGUGGACCCCAGUAACAGGUGGCGCGAAUUUACCCGCUUUAAACGAUCUUCUGUUUCCAUUUGGGAUCGCAUUUGGUGAUCGGAUUCUCAAUGGAAAUAUCAAAAUCGAACAUGAUAGAUGUAGGUAUGCAUCGGGAAGCAACAUUGUUAAAUUCCCAAAAGGCGGGUUUUUGCAUCGGUUUCCUUUGUUUGAUAGCGCGGGUAAUAAUGGGCAUACGGAUAAGGGAGAUGGAGAUGCAGCGAUUCUUGGUGUUGUGGAAGUUGGAGAGGGUAGAAUCGGCGUAUAUGGUGAUUCCAACUGUUUGGAUUCGAGUCACAUGGUGAAAGAUUGUUUCUGGCUUUUAACAAAAAUGUUGGAUUUCACAAGCAGAAGCAUUAAAGAUCCGGUUUUGUUUUCCAAUUCAGUGAAACUGAAACAAUCGAUGGAUGAAGGUGAUGAACGAUUACCUUCUAGAAGAACGGAAUUGAAUUUCUCGAUGUAUUCCAGAGUGAUCGGAAAGGAAUUGGUGUGUCGGAAUGACUCGAGGUUUGAUGUGUGGGGAACGAAGGGGUAUGGGUUGCAGGUUAGAGGAAGAAACCAUAGAUUGCCAGGUCAUCAGGCUAUCGAUUUGGGUAGUGGUUUAAAAAACUCUUCAUCUGAUUACUCUGUUCGAAAGGGUUUCAAGAACAAAAGGAGUUUUUCUUUUUCGGGGAAUAAAUUCUUCAGCUUUCUGUAUUCAGAUGAUCCUCUUGUGAUAUUUCCAAAUCAGUGGUUUUUACCUUGUAUCAUUGCUGUUUUUGGGGUUUUUCUUGUAACAAGUUUAUGUAAAAUUCGACAGAAAAGGCGUCGAAGAAGGAAAGUAUCUGGAUCCAGUAGAUAAACAUAUUAUUUUAAUCAUGGAAAUGAUUUUUUUGCAAAUUUAUAGAGGAAAAGAUUAUGAAAAUUUGGAAUGAUGUUAAUAAUAAUAAAAAGAAUCAUAUUCUUCGGGUUCCACAUACUGAUAAUAUCUCGUUAUUUGGUCGCGACUUCAUGAAUAACACACCCCG